AUGCCUGUUCCAUUGCUCCCGCUGCUGCUAAGAACUCUGCUGUCCCGCCUGCUGUUGCCCGCUGCCCGCCUUGCUCGAAAGCACCUGGUACCCCUGCUUCGACGCCUGGCCCAACGCCUGGGCUCUCAGGAGACUCGCCAAGCUCUCCUGGGCUGUCUUCUCUAUGCCCUCAGCCUCCGGAACCAGCCUGAUGCAGAGAGAAACAGAGUAGAGAGCAAGGGAGGCUAG